AUGUCCGAUAAAACUACCGUGGUGUCCGCCACCGUGCAAGGCGUUAAAUUACACAAUGAAGAGCAGUGGAAGACAUGGUUUGGACAGAUCAAGGGCGUUGCUGAACGCAAUGGGGUCUGGCACCUCGUCGACCCCUCACUGCCGGUUGAAGACGUGAAAAAGAAGAUUCUAUCUAUGCCGGAGGACGACGUCGAUAUCCCUUCAAACGACGCUACCAAGGAGCAAAUGGAGAACUGGGAGAAAUGCCAGAAGCUCUACAACGCUCGCUUCCAGAAAUGGAGCCCUCAGAACAGAGGACUCAAUGCGGUGGAAAAACACAUCUCGGACUGCGUCGACAGCACUGUGGUAGACCAAUUGAACGAUAUGGGCUUCGGUACAACCAUUGAGAAGCUUAUCUACCUAAAAGAACGCUUUGGGCGUAUAGGUGGGCGAGAAAUUGAGAUCUAUUACCGAUGGAAUCGAAUGAAAUUGACACCUCCUAUGAGGGGGGUAGAUGUUCUUAACUGGACUGUUGAAUGGGAUAACACACGACGAGAAGCUAUUGCUGCCGGUGUGGAUAUGGCCCAGGGGGCUAUAUUAGAUUUCCUAACAGCUGUACAGGCUGUACUACCUACCUGGUGGAGUCGCAACAUGGCCGAAUAUGCAGUCAGUGGGCUAUGGAAGACAGCUAAGAUUGAGACUGUACUAGCUGACUUCCGCACCCAAUAUCGCGAGUUAAAACCAACAGUGAUCCCUAAGGGCGCCAGUAAUGCUGCAUUUGCGACUAUGGCAUCACUCCAGGGUCAACCGACAGCUACCCCAAGGGGCCAGUAUGGUUCUACAAAGAAAGUUGUUAAAACAGGCAACAUUGAAUCACAGACCAAAUGGAUGGCGUGUUUUCCCAAAUCGGGUGGAAAGAACAAAGCAAACACUGAAUACGGACCCAAAGUGGGCAAAGUGGAUUGA